UUGAUCGAGGCAACGCGACCGAGCCGUUCGGGCCAGCCGGCUUCAUGCUUUCUUCAGAACUGCAUCUAGUGUCUCCACGCUGGUCACUACUAUUCGCUUCGCCUUGCCCCCUCUUCCGAAUCGAGUCGCAGGAGCUUCUUUGGAGGGUUUUCUGGAGGCGCCAUGGAUGCCGCUUCCAAGAAACUCGUUUCAACUACCCCAAGGCGAUGCAUGCUUUCUUUUUGCCGGAUCCUUCUGCUAAUUAUUAUAGUUUUGGUGGCGGAGACGAGGGCGGCUUCGCGGGUAAGCCGUGGCAGUGGGAAGUCCUCCGUGUUUUCGCUAUUCAAUCUGAAAUCCAAGAGUAAAUUUUGGAGUGAAUCCUUGAUUCGUACGGAUUUUGAUGAUUUGGAAGGUUCAGUUCCCUCUGGCCAUGGGAAAAUGGAGGUGGUUAACUACACCAAGGCAGGGAACAUUGCAAAUUUUUUGAAGAUGUCAGAGGUUGAUUCCAUAUACCUUCCUGUCCCUAUCAACUUCAUUUUUAUCGGAUUUGAAGGCAAAGGAAAUCAUGAGUUUUUGCUGGGUCCAGAAGAAAUGUCGCGAUGGUUUACUAAAAUAGAUCACAUCUUUGAGCAUACCAGGAUUCCUCAUAUUGGAGAAAUUUUAACUCCAUUCUAUAAGACCAGUGUUGAAAAGUCCCAGCGUUAUCAUCUACCUCUAGUUAGUCACGUAAAUUACAACUUUUCUGUCCAUGCUAUACAAAUGGGUGAGAAAGUUACUUCUGUUUUUGAGCAAGCUGUUGCAGCUUUGUCACGAAAAGAGGUUAUAUUAGAUUCAAGAGCAGAUGAAGAUGUUGUUUGGCAAGUGGACAUUGAUAGAAUGGGAUACAUCCUUACAACUCUUAUUGAUCAUCUCAAGUUAGAGGAUGCAUACAACGUUUUCAUACUGAAUCCCAAGUACAACAACAAGAGACUUCGUUAUGGCUAUCGGAGAGGCUUGUCUGAAUCGGAGAUAAAAUUUCUCAAUGAGAAUAAGACAGUACAGGCCAAAAUUCUUCAGUCAGAGCAUGUCACAGGGCCAACUCUGGAAAUCGAUAAGAUUGAUCCAAGGCCAUUGUAUGUUAAUCGCCCUUCAUCUAAUUUUGUGUGGACCACCACUGAAGAAAUUGACACUGUUGAAUGGUCAAAAAAAUGCUCAGAUGUCCUGACUCAUGUUGCGUCAUCAACUGAAGGAAAGGAUGAUGUAGAACUUCUUUCUAGCAAAGUUAUUCAGAUGUUGUAUGGUAAGAAGGAUGAUUUGAGUGAUCUAUUGCGAGAAGGGCUAAAGUCAGGGGAUUUUACAGGCCUCCAGGCUGAAUGUCUCACGGACACAUGGAUUGGAGCAAAUAGGUGGAUGUUUAUUGAUUUGAGUGCAGGACCCUUUUCUUGGGGUCCUACUGUUGGAGGAGAAGGUGUUCGAACAGAGCUUAGCCUUCCAAAUGUGGGUAAAACCAUAGGUGCUGUUGCAGAAAUAAAGGAAGAUGAAGCUGAAGAUAAACUACAGGAUGUAAUUCGGGAAAGAUUUUCAUCAUUUGGUGAUGACCACCAAGCCAUUGAUAUUCUUGUAGCGGAGAUUGAUAUUUAUGAACUCUUUGCUUUUAGACAUUGCAAAGGGAGAAGGACAAAGCUUGCUCUCUGUGAAGAGCUUGAAGAAAGGAUGCAUGAUUUGAAAAGUGAACUGGAGGGAUUCAAAAGUGAUGAUUCUGAUGAAAGCCACAAAAAGAAGGCUCUUGAUGCUUUGAAGAGGAUGGAGAAAUGGAAUUUGUUCGGUGAUACUCCUGAGGAAUACCAAAGCUAUACUGUUGCGCAUGAUACAUUUCUGUCUCAUCUGGGGGCUACAUUGUGGGGCUCUCUGAGACAUGUAGUUACUCCAUCAAUGGCUGAUGGGGCAUACCAUUACUAUGAAAAGAUAUCAUUUCAGAUAUAUUUCAUCACGCAGGAGAAAGUGAGGAAUAUGAAGAAGCUACCCGUGAACCUAAAGGCACUUACAGAUGGCCUUUCUUCUUUGGCGGUUGCUUUUCAAAAGGUUAUGUUUAGCCAACACCUGCUGGCACUUUCGGAAGAUCCAGAUCUUACUAUGGCGUUCUCAGUUGCUCGACGUGCUGCUGCAGUGCCACUUCUUCUAGUUAAUGGGACAUAUAGAUUGACCACCCGUGCCUACCUUGAUUCCUUAAUUUUGCAGCGGCAGUUACAGAAGCUUAGUGAUCAUGGUUCUCUCAAAGGAAUCCAUUCAGAUUCCAGGUCUACAUUGGAAGUUCCGAUCUUCUGGUUCAUACACAAUGAUCCAGUGCUGGUAGAUAAACAUUAUCAAGCAAGGGCACUUUCUGACAUGGUCAUUGUUGUUCAGUCAGAUAAAGCGGUAUGGGAGAGCCACUUGCAAUGCAAUGGGAAGCCAAUUGCUUGGGAUUUAAGGAGACCCAUAAAAGCUGCAAUUUCUGCUACUGCUGAACAUCUUUCUGGUUUGUUGCCUCUUCACUUGGCGUACAGUCAAGUCCAUGAAACAGCUCUUGAGGACUGGACAUGGUCUGUGGGCUGCAGUCCUCUAUCAAUCACCUCUCAGGGCUGGCAUCUUUCACUGUUCCAGACUGAUGCAAUUGCUCGGAGCUAUAUCAUCACUGCUCUCGAGGAGUCCAUACAGACUGUUAAUGGUGUUAUUCAUCGCCUAGUACUUGAGCAAACAACUGCACAAGGUUUUAGGUUAUUCAAAUCUCAGGAGCGAACAAUGGUGGACAAAUACAACUCAGUUGUUAGUUUAUGGAGAAGAAUUGCAACUAUAUCUAGUGGGAUGCGGUAUGGUGAUGCAAUGAAACUUUUACAUUUGCUUGAGAAUUCUUCGAAAGGGUUUGCAGACCAUGUGAACACCACCAUUGCUUUGUUGCAUCCAGUACACUGUACUCGUCAAAGGAAAGUUGAUAUAGUACUAGACCUGACUACAAUUCCUGCAUUUCUGGUUGUUUUUGCGAUUCUCUGGUUUGUGCUUAGACCCAGGCGGCAGAAACCGAAGAUCAAUUGAAGCUUCAUUGGCUAAACUAGCACAAACUGGUACCUGGAGAUGUAGAUGUAUAGAAGGAAUUUAGUGAAGAAAGCAAGCUUAUGAUCUUUCAGACUUCGCUGUAUUUCUCUACAUACUAACGUCUAAAUUUGAUGCUUAUAGAAAGUUCUGAAUAAAUGCUUUAGCAAAAUGCAAUUAUAUGCUUCAUUAAGAUUCAAUGGACUUCAUUUUUUUUUAGUACUAUCCGUUACUUUCCAGUAAAAUGUUGACGGAAGCCUUUUUGUAAUUCCUUAUAAUUUGUAUUUUUAAGGUAGCGGCCCCCAUUACUGUGACAUUAUAAAUGUUACCCUUUUUUUGACCGAAAGGGUAAAAUUUGUGUUCUAAACAUUUUUGCAAAGUGAUUAGUUAGGAGAACAUUGUCAUUUCAUCCCUUUACAAGGGCAUCAGUGAUUAAAUUUCUGUCCGUUUAGCCUU